AUGUCGACCUCUCCUAGUCGCCGGUUCGAUCGUGAUGCCGAGAUCUUCGAGCUCGUUGACUCCAAUACCACUCAAAACCAUGCUUUCGAGGAAUCAUCUGUCAAUCAACUGGAGGACCAUCUACCGCAUGAUGCUGUCUCUGUUGAAGACGUGCCUCCGAACGGCGGCUAUGGCUGGGUAUGCACGGCCUGUGUCUUCCUGAUCAACGCCCACACCUGGGGCCUUAACAGCGCAUGGGGUAUUUUCCUCGCCCACUACCUCAGCGAUCCUGUUUUUCAACACGCGUCACAGCUCGAGUACGCCUUGAUUGGCGGCCUGUCCAUCUCUCAGUCUCUGCUUAGUGCACCUGUCGUGAACAUCUCCACGAGACGUAUCGGCACGAAGGCCACUCUUCUCAUCGGCACCGUCCUGCUGUUCGUUGCCCUGUUCGGCGCCUCAUAUGCGACCGAGAUAUGGCAUCUCUUCUUGACGCAAGGGGUUUGUUUCGGCUGGGCCAUGGGCUUGCUCUACAUCCCGGCGACUGCUUCCCUUCCGCAAUGGUUCUCCACUCGCCGAAGCCUGGCCAUGGGGAUUGCGUCUUCGGGGGCAGGCCUUGGAGGGCUGGCGUACAACCUUGCGGCAGGUGCUAUCGUCCAGAGCAUGGGCGUGAACUGGGCUUACCGCAUACUGGCAUUCUGCGGACUCGCCGUCAACGGAGUGUGUUCGCUCUUGCUCAAAGACCGCAACAAGGCCGUGCAACCGUUGCAGAAUGCUUUCAACUACCGCGAAUACGGUCAGGUUGAGGUUAUUCUGGUUGUCCUCUGGGGAGUGUUUACUGAACUGGGGUAUAUCGUCUUGCUCUACUCCUUGCCCAACUACGCGACGUCGAUCGGUCUCACGGCAGGGCAGGGUUCCGUUGUUGGUGCUGUUCUCAGCCUUGGUCUUGGAGUCGGCAGGCCUGUAAUUGGAUACUAUUCGGAUGCCUUUGGCCGCAUCAACAUGGCGACAAUCAUGACCGCUGUCUGUGGAGUUCUUUGCCUCGCCCUAUGGGUGCCAGCGAAAACCUACGGCGUCCUCAUAGCCUUCGCUCUCACGGCGGGAUGCGUCUGCGGCAUCUUCUGGAACACAGUCACACCAGUGACGGCCGAAGUGGUGGGACUGAAACGACUGCCUUCUUCCUUUGGCGUCAUUUGUCUGUCCUUGGUUGUGCCCACAACCUUCGCCGAGCCGAUUGCCCUGGAGAUGGUCAGUGCGUCUGGAUACCUCAGCUCGCAGAUUUUCGUGGGCUGCAUGUUCCUGCUUGCUGCCGCGAGCACAUGGGUGCUCCGAUCGUGGAAGAUCAACCAGGUCGAGUUGAAAGCCGCAAGAGAACAGCGAAUCAACGAUCCAGAUGCUGUACAGAAUCGGACGGACCAUGGCCAUUGGCUGACGCCGCAAAAGCUGCUCUGGCUAGGCAGGGUAUGA